AGAUGUGAAUGAGUGUACUCCAGUGUAUGUGGCCAGCCUGAACAGAACUAUUAUUCCUGCCGAAUGUGAUCAGCUUUGCCACAACACCCAAGGGAAUUACUCCUGCAGCUGCAACCAUGGAUACCGUCUGCUCUACGAUGGCAAAAGAUGUCGAGGUAUUUAAGAGUGACAUUUGUUACCCCCACAAAGCCACUAAUUUCUGAUAGUCUCUUCGAAAUCCUGCAGAUAACUGUUGAUAUUUUAAUACAAACAAAUUUAAUUUUUGAACAACACAGAUGCAGACGAAUGUCUCUCGGGAAGCCACUCUUGUCAGCACAUUUGCCAUAACACACCUGGAUCUUAUGGCUGCUCUUGUUUCUCCGGAUACAGACUUAAACCGGACAUGAGAACAUGUGAAGGUGAACGCCUAAACUUUUUUUCUCUGAUCGUUUAAACAAAAUAUCUAUCUUACUCUUGAUUCUGUUGAUUAAAUGCCCCUUGACGCUUAAACAUUAACUGCUUAGUGUAACCCACCAUAAAGAACUGCGCAAAACGGGGAAUCUAACUGACACAUCGUUCAUUGGGAGAAUGGCUGAAAGGGUGAUGUUGAUGCGCUACAAACGCAAAUUUGUCCCAAGAAUUUUGUCCAGGCAUUCGUUACCAGAGAUGCAAUGCUUUUUGCUUACAACUGAUCCAGUCUAAUGCUAAAACGUACGCAGGGAAUACUAUUCCCUGUUCAAGCAGCCAAAAAACCGGCGUAAAAAACUCUUCUCUGAAUUCCAACACCAGGUAUUUGUAAUAAUAACCAUUAGUUUUUUAUUGAUAGGGCUUCCUUGCAAGACUAUUAAGGCUCCACCGAAUGGACGCAUGACUUGUAGCGGCUUAGUCACCAACGAAACAUGUUUGUUUUCCUGCAAUGAUGGCUAUAAUUUGAAAGGCUCUGAAAGACGAACCUGCUUGAAUUCUGCAGAAUGGGACGGUGAUGAGACAUUUUGCAAAGGUGAGCAAAGACGUAGUCUCUGUGAAACUCAUCUGUAAUUAAACUGUUUUUUAUAGUUAUAUAUUGCUAAUAAUGAGAUAAAGCAAUCAUAACUUAAGCUUACCCAUACACCCUCUUUUAUAAGAACGUCCAUUUUUCGAGUUGAGCCUGGACCUUUCUUAUUUUCUGAGCAGUUUCAGCCUGGAAAUGUUCUUUCGAAAUAUAUUAUAGUUUUCACAUUUUUAAUGAAUUUUACAAGUACAGUAUAAAUGUAGUAUUAGUCUCGCUUGCGUAAGCAGCGAGACUCAUAAUCUGCAAGCCGUUUUUCUUCGUAUUUAGGACACAAAAGGGNAUUAUAGUUUUCACAUUUUUAAUGAAUUUUACAAGUACAGUAUAAAUGUAGUAUUAGUCUCGCUUGCGUAAGCAGCGAGACUCAUAAUCUGCAAGCCGUUUUUCUUCGUAUUUAGGACACAAAAGGGAAGUCAUUGUGCCAGGCGUUCUUAGGGGAAACCGUGGAAACUGAGAAAAAGAAUCGUUGCUUCACCGAAGCCAUGCACUUUUUGCGAAGAAAGCUUAGGAAAGAUUAAAUUUAGAGCUUUUCCGAAAGGUGUCGGUCCACGAACUCUAUCGCUUGAAAGCGUUGAUUACUUUGGAACAAGUGAACACUACUGAGUGGUCGAAAAAAAAUAAGAAUCUUAAUUAGCAAAACUGCGAUGGUCGGGUGUUGUAAACUCUUAUUGUAUGCAAAUGGAUCUUGUGAUGGGCACGCGGUUUAUUUUUGGCGAUGAUUGAAAUGACGUGCCAUGUAAAUCACUUUUUUGAUCUCUGGCGAAGAUGUAAUUUCUCUGGAAUCGAGGCCCUUGAAUUUUCGCGUAUUUAUACAGGCGUAUAAAUUGCCUGCGACCGCAGACGUAUUUCCGGUCGUCGCCAACACGCGUAUUAAAUCAAUUCAGAAACAAAUAAAAAGUUAUUAUCCUGAAGAACAAUCGACGUCGAUAAAGUGGAAGUAAAAACCUUCAGCGAGUAAAUCCCGUCUCGUGUACAAUUAAUCGUCUCCUCAUUUCUCCAUCUAAUCUCCAUGCAAGCGAGACAGGCGCCCCUGUAGGAGCGUUCUUGUUGAUCAUAAACAAGAGAUAAUGAGCAAGCUCAUCCACUCUUGUCGUAAACAAUAGGAAUGUGUUGAAAAAUAACAAAAUUUUUCAUACACACUAACUUUUGGACGUCAUAUGAUUCAGGUUACUUUUCUGGAUUUAGAAUGUAAAAGCCCAAGUGAAAUAUUAACCUGCGAUCACAGACGGUCCUUCUUCCCUUUUUGUUUUGGAGACGAGGGGUUCUUUUUUUCUUCUUUUCCCUCCGCCGACUCUAUCCCCGAAAGAAAGAACGCCUGAUCGUAGAUUCGAUAGUCAGUUGGUUUUGGAAGCCGUUUAAAAAGAAAAAUUUAACUUAAAAACGUUACUCGACGUUUCGAUGUAUCACACAUCAUUAUCAACAGUGAGAAAUGUUAAGUUUCAAAGACACCAUGCAAAAGGAAUAUGAGGUCGAGAAUCCAACCAUCACGGGCAAUUUCUCGGUAAUCAAAAAUGCGGAAACAAAUUCGAAUGCCUUUCCUUCGAGAUGCUUUUUAUACAAGAACGCAAACCAUCAUUGAAUGUGCAGUCGGAUUCGAUUCGAGCUAAGCUUUCAAUUAAGUAAUACAUAACCAUGAAGCAUGCACGAAUACGAUAUAAUUUAUUCAAACUACAGCUCUUUCACAACUUGGAUAUUUAAUAUUUCCCAAUCUUUAUAAUGGUGUGUGAUACAUGGAAACGUCGAGUUUAAUUGUUCUUGAUCGCAGGUUAGUGAAAAAUAAAUUGUUGUUCUCUUAGCCUCGGGUAUGCUCUUAGCGUCUUCUUAAUCAUGAUUUUGGCAAAUUUCAGGCUGAACGUUCUUAUAAAAAAGGAGUGAUAUUUGGCGGGUAAAUAAGAGCUUUAUUCCUGAUUGGGUAUUUGUUGAGCAAUGUCACAAAACAAACUUCUUUCACCUCACUCUUGUUUUUAUCUCCCGUUCACAGUGAAAAGUUGUGGUCGACUGGACCUUCCAGCUAGAGUACUAGUUUAUCUUCCUUGUUACUCCACAUUUGGCUCAAGAUGUACACUUGGCUGUGUGGAUGGCUACUUUGGCGUUGGUAGUGAUCGUGCUACUUGCCGCCUGAAUAAAUCAAGCGAAGUUGAGUGGGACACAGGAAACUUUACUUGCAAAGGUUAGUAUUGCUAAGGUUUUAACAGUAAUUUAAGUGUUAAUGAUAUAUGAAAUAAAUCAUAUAUGAACUGCGGAAAUGAAAUGAAGAUGAAGAAAUGAUCGUCGCAGUGAACGCAAUUUAUGCAAUUGCGUAAAGAGGCCUGAAAAAAAAAUUCAGGACCUCAACGGGGUUUGAACCCGUGACCUCGCGAUUUACCGGUGCGAUGCUCUACCAACUGAGCUAUGAAGCCACUUACGUGUGGCUUCAUAAUUUCCAGUGAAACGCCUGUUCAUUUGAAUCCUUAUAUCAAAUUUAAAUGUAAAGGCCUAUCUUUCUUAUACUAUUAGAAAAUAUUUUUUAUAUAUUUUUAGCCAAGUGGUGAUAUGCAUCUGCCUGUACAGCGCAACCUGAUGGUGGUUAAUCAAGAAAACUGUCGAAAAUUAAGAAAAGUGUCUUAAUUAAAAGUACAACUCCUUUGAUUUUCACUGCAUUGACAAGUAUUCUGCUUUAAUUUACUCUACUAACCAUGUUUCUGGUGUUUGAAAACAUAGAGAUGCGAACCUUUGUAGAGCAGUUUAAUUUACAAAUAAUGUUGUUACAUCCAUCGAUUAUUUUACAACAUCCCUCCUUGUGUUUUCUUCCUUUGAAUGAAAUGAAAGAAUGAAAAAAAAAAAACGAAAAUGACCACAAUGUAUUUUUAUUUAUUUUCGAAAGGUAGGAUAACCAACUGCAUGCUUUCUUUUUCCUCAGAGAUAAUCCUCUGCAAACCUAAUCCUUGUCUUCAUGGUGGCCAGUGCAUAGUUAUUAGCUCAAGACAAUUUUCUUGCGAUUGUGAGCAAACCGGAUAUGAGGGCAACCUGUGUGAAAGGGGUGUUGUAACGCCUCCUGUUUUCCCCAAACUAAUUCCUGGUCAGCCCUCAGAGAGACUGGAAGUGUGCGCAAAGCCAGAAAAUUCAUUGACAGUUAAUUUACUUCCAACCAUGAACUUGUCCAUUCAGCCUGAGAAGCUGAUAAUACAGCAUCCUGCAUCAAAGGCAGAAUUUCAAAUAACAGGUUACAAUUCUGGGGUUGGAAUGGUGAUGUAUAGUCUUGAUGGUGUAAACAAGUAUGAUUUCAUGGCUCCACCCAAUAGCGUCGUAUUUGUAGGUCGUAAUGUCUCAAGUCAAGAUAGUGUUUACACGAAGCUUGGUCUGUUAGCGGGCGAGUUACCAGUUGGGUGUCAACGAAUGGAAAUCGAGAAAUUUCCAGCAUUUGACUUUAAAAUAGCGUUUUAUACAAACUCGACCGCAUCAAAUCCACUUUUAAUUGAAUCCGGUCCAGUCCACAUUAUUACAUUUGACAACAAGACGAUCCCUCUCAGCUUAGCAGGCUAUGACUUUUCUUUGGCACCUCCAUCACAAAAAAAUACAAUGGAAAGAUUGAUUAGACACACAAGCAUAUCAGAUGCGUGGCAAACUGGCAAUCAAAUGCCUGAUCGUUACAAUAUCGGAUUUACAGGAAAAGACCUCAUUGAAUUUAUACAAACAGAGGCCUUUUCGAGGUCCUUUCUGAGAUACAUAACGGAUCAAUUGCCGUUGUGGUUAAGAUUGGGGGUUAGAGACGAACAAAGUAACCUGUUCGACAUAGGGAACAUCCAGUCUAAUCUUUUUCUAACAACAGAUACCCACCUCCCCUACCCAAUCUGCAAAUUUCCUGCCCACAUACAAUCCACAUUGGUCCUGUAUCGUCCAACGUUGAAUUACAACAUCUCAGUUGAAAACAAUCAUCUUCAGUUGUCAAGCAAAGGGUCUUGUUUCGCUGCUGCCAUUUCCGAACCUGGCGUUUUUCUAGCGUUUUCCCAGCGAGCGAGGAAACAAUUUGCAACUAUGCAAUUUAUGCAAGACCUAACUUUAGGAGGGUGGAAACUUCUGGUGUCUUCCUUUGGUUUUACCACUCCACGAGGAAACAACACUUUUGCAAACAGUGUACCAAAUGGUCACUUGGUUGGAAAUUUCUCCGAUUUCUAUUAUAACUGGUGGUGGCAAGGAAGCGCAAACGUCGAUCUAAGCAACGAAGAUCAGGCUGUAAAUAUGAAAAUGAGUGGAGAUGUCUUUGCUUUCACGGAGGACUUAGAUGCGGUAAGUACAUAGUUUUCUUCAGCUGUAAGUUUUCAGCAAAAAAUAACUUCCACAUUUUCUUUAAUAUUUUUCAAUAAGCUGCAGCAUUUUCCACAGGUUGUUAAAAUGCUCUAUGUACAUCUGUAAACAAAACGUUUUUUUGUAGGUAUUUACCAGUUAUUUCUCGAAGCCAACAAGAUUUGUCUUCCGUGGAUCAGUUGAGUUCAACAUUACCCUUCAUAGCCUUGGUAAAACAGUACCUUUAACCUUUUACUCAAGCGACGUUACUGGGAAAGCACAAUUUGGAGGUGAAAAAUGCUCUGUUAAUAGUUGAAAAUAAUAGCUAAUUAAUUUUAUUCCAUAUCUCUCAGACAAAACACUCCAUGAAUGACGUAGACCAGUUUCUGGUUUAUUAGAAGUAAUCUUCUUGUAUAGACUGCAAGCCCUUCCUUUUCUUCGCAUGACUUAAAGGCACUGUGUCACGGUAGUGCGCAUGUGUGAGCUGUGACAGUAGCUAAUUGUUUUUAAACCAAUCGGAAGCGAGUAAGAUGCACGCAAGGAAAUUUGUUUGUUCGAUUGUAUAUAUCCCUAUAAUUCAUAUUCAUUCUCUGGUAUUCCUCAGAUAUAUGUUGCAACCGAUAAGAAUAACAUUAAAAACCCUGUCCUGCUUUGAAACAAACAUUUUUUACGUACCCAAGAUAGAAAACCAGUGUCCGAUCCGCCACCAAAAAUAAUUUGUUAACAAACUUAACUGGUCUCUCCGUUUGAGAGAACAACGCAAAAUUAAGCAUAAACAGGAGCCCAUCACUAUGGCAUAAAUUUCAAUUGCUUAUGAGCAAAUAAACAAAUUUCUUCCCAGUCGUUGUGCGGGUGUUUCGCAAAACAAACGUUAUCGAUUUCAACACAUAAAGAAACCAGAUAAUAAACGGAACACUCAGGUAACAAUUUAUCUUUUAAAACAUCAAUUCUAAAACAUUUACUCUCAUACAGCAAAGAUACAAGGAACAUUCCGAGUGAACCACAUCGAUAGGUUAUAAAGAUCGCGCGGCCUGUUGUAAGUAGUUUCUGGUAUGCAACUACAGAUCGGAGUCGUAAAUCGAAUUCCUGUUAAAACGUUUCGUGUUCGAUGGAUUCUUUCCCCAAACCUUACACGACUUCCUGUACAACAAAAGAUUGCUGGGCCUUCUCCUUUCUGAUUCCAGGCACUCGAGAGGAUAAAUUGUUGCAGACAAUCGGAAGUCAUGUCCACGGGGGGGCUCCCAUAUGAAAGGGCCGGAAAUGCUCGUCGGAAAUUUUGAAUUAAGCGCCUAAAGGAGACCAAUCUGGGCGUGGCCCAACCUUUUUUUGACCCCUAAAAGCGAUCAUUUGAAACUUUGAUUACAUGAAUCGAGUAAAUAAAAUGAAUUGAAAAUAUAUAAUUUUUUAAUAUUUCUUCGCGUGCAACCCUAUAAGAGACCUAAAACACCCUAAAAGAGACCGAAAUGUGAAAUUUACACCCCUAAGCGAGACGACGAGCAUCCCUAUCCCUCUCAUAUGGGAUUCCCCCCUCCCCACCUCCCCGGGGUCCUGUCCCAGAUCAGCUUCACUCGCCGCGGCGUCCAAUUGGUAGUCCACGGCUGUAUCGAGGAAACCCUUUUCAACUUUCUUUACAUAUUUAACGUUCAAAAACUAUCUGGAAAAGGUAGCAAUCGGGUCAGUAAAUUAACCGUUAACAAUAGAUGUUUUCUCUUUCAAUGUCAGGAGUCACGUUUUUGGCAUCAGGUUUCAGUGAUGAUUGCCGAGUGCCACAGGGAUUCGUUUUCGCUCUUGAACGAUCCUCAAAAAUUUUCAGUGCAAGUCCCUUGGCUUAUAUCAUCAGGCCCGAUGGUGGCCUGAAAUAUCUGCAGAUCUACUAUUCAGUGACUGGUGGCCACGUAGUCUCGGGGCAGGACAAUAAAAACAACCUAAGGUUUGUGGAAUGGCAAGCGCAAGAAAUUAAACGUACUCUCCUUGCUGUUGGAAGAACUGUACCUCAACUGCAAUUCAUCACAAGGAGAUGGGAAGCAGUGACAGACGAGAUGUUAGCUGAUGUGACCAAAGCUCGACACCUUCUGUCCUCUGCUUCCGAUUGGCUGGAGCUGAAAGUGCUUGUGAAGCAGCUGGAUGACGACCUUGAUAUCAUAUCUCGCGCGUUUGACCUUCUUAUUGCUAAGCUGCAGCCCUACAGGAAUCAAACAAGAAUAAACAGUUUUAUCCAUAGUUUCAUUAAAUUAAGGGCAGACCUCCCCAAGGCUAUCUCUCUUUCUUUCUCCAAGUCUGUUAUUCAGCAGAACUUUAUAGGUUUGCGAUUUCUUUUGACUGCUCAAAUAUGCCACAAAGAGCUCUGCUUUGCAAACAUAGACUCAAGUAUCUGGUCCCUGAAUGGCAGCGAUUGUCGCACCAACCCAUCAAGGCAAGAAACUGGUUUACUUGUUGAAGGAACUGCUCUGAAUACUAUCUCUCUCGGUAGUCUAAUAACACUUCCAGCCGGUGGAACGUUGGAAAUGUUCCUAUCGCGUGAUCAUGACCUUGUUUCCACAACCUUUAAGGCUGUUGUUCACCUACUCGGAAUAAAGAAACACGCAAUGGUAAAAAUUGCUGGAAGUGAGUUAUCCUUUGUCAUCUCAGGCAAUAUGUUUGGCGGGUUUGACGCUAUGUUAAAUGUCACAGCUCAAAUUGAUAACGUUAUUGACUGGGAUUCCACAGUAUUUAGAGUGGAAGGUAAGAUGAAUAGGUCGUCACACCUCCAUUCCCUUCUCAAUAAGAUGAUGAAAAAUGAAACUACCAUGGCGGCGAGAGAUGCAACACAAAGAUUAGCGUACUCCCAUUCAACAUACAUUGAUGCAAAAAGAAAAGCAGACUUCGUUAAAGACGUCCUAAAGUCAAAACAGUCAGUUGUGGACGAACUGAAGGUCUGGAAAGAAAAAGCUGCUGAGGAGCUCCGUCUUGCACGUCUAAAAUGCUAUCUUGCGAAACUACGGUUUAAUAGCACCUUCUAUUUUCGCGAGAACGUCAGAGGCUACAUUUGUGAGAUACAAGAGUGUAAUUACACUUGUUUAAACGGCUGCGUCACCCCGGACCUUUGCCAGGAUCCCAUAAAUAUAACUUAUCUUCAACGGCAAUGCAACACAGUUGACAAACCCAUAACAAUUAACGUUAUACAGAGAGAGAUUGAAAAACGCAGUUUCACAGUUCCUACAUAUAAAACCGUCUACACUGGAGACUGUAAGUUUAGAAACUCCACAGGUAUAAAAGGCUUUUUUGUAGGUUUGAAGGAGUUAAUAUUUGGUUGCUCUGAUACUUUCAAAAGAGUGCCAGCUGAACCUCAAAUUGUGGAGUACGACCAAAAAAUAUAUAAAGUGAAGUCAGUGGAGCAGAUCAUUAAGGAAGUGAAAUGCAAUGGUCACACAAUGAGGACAAAGCCAGGUGGAUACGGACCGCCAUACCAAUGCUGCAAGCAGUAUGGGUGUAAAACUAAAGUAAUGGACCGACGGUGCAUCUUAGGCAAUGAGAAAUGUCUGCUAUCCAUGACAGAACUCAAGUUCACGCUGGAUGCCCUGAAUGAAACAUUGCAAUCAGAAUUCCUUUCUUUAAGAUCCUCUGUGAUGAAGGUCAAAGAAGCAACAUUUUCUUUCGAAAAAGUCAGAGUCCUUCAUAAGAAUGCUGUUUCUCAGCUGAAACAUAUAGAAACACUUCUGAAACAAAAACUGUCAGUUGUGGAAAUCACAAAUGCUUCCAUGAUUCACAUUCGACGGAUUGUUGACUUUGGGUUGCAAAUAGCACAGGUGAUGAACUCUUCAGAUAAUGGAAGAGUUGUAGAAGUUGACGAACUGCACUUUUCUCUUCCCGUGGUAUCAGGGGAUGCCAAACAGAUUGUUUUCCAAACUAAUGCAAGCACACUUGGUGGAAAAAAAGUGCCUGUCCGCUUUCUUCUUGAUUUCGACCAAGUGAAACGUUCAAUUUCUUCGGCAUCCAAGGACAUUAUUGUCGACUUAUUUGGUGGAAAACGCGCAAGAAGAAAGCGAUCAGCAGCAGAAGAAGAGUCUACACAUUCUUUGCAUUCGAGCGGCUUUACAGAUUACCCAUACGUGUGCCUUUUUGUCAACAAUACACACUUAUACUUCAGCUACAUGUUCAAAUCUUUGCAUACCCUUAUUUCUUCCGUCAAAUUAUUAAACCAACAGCUGACAUUUGGAAUUCAAGGCCUUGAGCAGCUAUCCCAGACAAUGAAUGCUACCGGUUCGUUGUUCAAUGCCUCAAAAAUAGCAAGUAACUUCAGUAAUGAAUAUCUAAACAGCUCUUUUAUAACAGGAUUCCUAGAAGUCAUACAGGUGUUAAAAGACGAGAAUAUGAAGAUGAUGAAUGAUUCUUCUCAAUCUUGGAAUGACACCUUUGAGGCUUGGAAAGCUUUUCUGGAGGUUUACACCUUAGAAAAAGGCUUUGAAGGGUGCUCUGGCACACAAGACUGCAUCAUAUACUUUUUCGACGGAGCAAAGGAAUUUUAUGAGUUUGAAAACAGUCGGAGGGCACUUGAGAUAAAAGACGCCCUUCCUCGACUUCAAAACGUGAUUCAGUCAUUAACAACUAAAGCCUUGAGUAUGGAGGAAGCAGAGCAGAUUCUCGUUCACGCCGACCACUUAUUGAAAAAAACGCUUGAUGACUCCGUUUUGUGUGGUGGAUCACCAAGUAUAACGUGGUCGUCUCAGGGAGAUGUUAUUAUUUUCCCCGGAGAGAGUCUUUCUCUAAAUUGUAGUGCAAAGGCCGAAGAGAGCCUAACAUAUGCUUGGCGACGAAAUGGUAAGAUCAUUAGCAAAUCAACAUAUGGAGGUUUCUCGCUAGACGCCGUCACCAAGGAUAAUGAGGGAGCUUAUGUCUGUGAGGUUUCCAACAAUAAAGGAAGCACUUUGUCCAAUGUCACAAUAGUCAAAAUUCAUAGCAAACCUGUAAUCACUGAACAUCCACAGCCACAAAGAGUAGUCUUUAGAAGCCAAAUACCAGUGACAUUUAAGUGCAAUGCAACUGCUGAGCCAUCGCCUACUUUCCAGUGGUUCUUUCAAUCCACAAAAUCAUCCGUUAUUAGAAUCAACGAAUCCAGACCUGUGCUAUACAUCGCCGACCCUCGUCUUAACCAGGAGGGUUAUUACUUUUGUGAAGCAUCUAAUGAACACGGUAGAGCAGUCAGUCAAAGAGCCCGACUAGAUGUGUUAAACUACACAGUUGGCCUUCCACGAUUACUGAUUACUUUUAACCUGACCAACCUCUGUUGGCUAACAUCUAAUUCUUCCAACAAUUCUGUCCCAGAUUCUCAGUUAUGUGAUGGAUUACCUUCAUCACUGGACGAUAAUCUGACUGACAGCCUCCUAAAUUCUCUGGCAACAUCGCUGAAUUUGUCCACCUCGUCAAUCUCUGGACUGACGUACUAUUCCGAACAUACGUCAAAACUAUAUUUGUCAUUCGUUAUUGACUUUGAAAAAGAAUUGUCAAAAGACGAAAACUUUACAAUCUUUACAAAAGUAGCUGAAGCGAUUGCUAUUGCUGACGCAAGGAUGGUCGAGAAACUUCAAAAGUUCAACUCAGACGUGCUUAGCAGGACCUUUAAAGUUUCUUGGAACUCCACAACUCUGAUUGGGGAGCCUGGAAGUAUAUUUGCUUACCCGUUAUCACCAGAAUGCCCUGAGACACAGUUCCUUAGUGAGCAAGGUUUCAUCUGUGGUGAGUUGCGUCUUCUUACAUUGGUCACUUUUCUAAUAUAUGUGUUAAAAAGAACAAUAUCGUAAAUAUCAUUUGUCUCAACAUUCAGCCACACACACUAAGGAUGCGUCAGGCGACAGAGGCACCUGUGCCUUAGUUUUGUAAGUGAUCUUUUUUUAAUCAAGCGAGUAUAUAAGCCCUGUUCAAAUUUCGCUUGUUUUGCAAAGACAUUUGUCAACAGGAAGCCAUUCCUAGUGCGAACAUUUUUCACCUACCGAAAUUUUCUCAAGUGUCAUCAAACGUCAAAGAUGCCGUCGAGAAAGUUUGGAUGCCACAAUUUUUUGUCAGGCGACAAAAUCAUUUGUUCCUUGACAGCUAUCCUUCGUCGGGUCAUCUUAUUUCGCGAACGUGGCUAAUUCAGUUAUAGUUCCUUGACGUUUUUGGUUUCAUGACGUUUUUGGUUUCAUGAAAACUUUUGGUGCCUCAGGUACGAUCAAGGUUAAUUGGUAACUACAAAAUUUUCAAGUUAUUUGCAAACGGCAAACUUUUUUUUUGUUGUAGUGUAAAAGGACCUAAAGCGACUCAAAAGCUGACAUUUCGAGUGCUAGAUAGUCCCACGUCAGAAUGAACCGGUUAAAAUCUAUACAUGCAUGUGUACGACUCUGUUUUUCUUGGUAGACUUUGCUAAAAGAACUAAGUGAACUAAAAAUUGACCUCGAUUCAUCAAGUCAAUAUACAGCAGGACGCAGUUGGAGAAGUAUAGAGAAAUCAAUAACGCUACCUAGUAGAUAGAAAUUAAUCUGAUGUUUAAUGUUCGAUCUACCUUUGGAAAAACUGGGACAAGAAGAAUUGCGUCACCAUGUAGAUUUUCUGUCUCGCCCGUUAUCUCCGUUAAUUGUUUGGCCCCGACUUGAGAGAGAGCUUUCCAAGAAAAACGACGUUUUUUCUCAUGUUUAAAAAUCCUAAUACAUAUCGCGUUAAGCUGGCUUAACUCGUUUGCAGUUUUGUUUUGUUUUGUUUUGUUUUUUUCAAUUACUCUCUAAAAAGAACUGUCUAAGUUAUCUAUUUAUUUUAAGCUUAGUUAGACAUGUUAUUUCUUUUAGCCAACUGCCCGGCUGGUUUAUACUACAGCCCUGAAAACGGCACCUGCGUUGAAUGUCCACAUGGUACAUACCAAACAAACCAAGGUCAAAAAGAGUGUAUACACUGUGGCCAAAACCUCACAACAGCUAUGAAAGGAACUGUAGAAGAGAAAGACUGCAUUGGUUAAGUGUCCGACUUUUAUUAUUUGCGCGCGUAGUGAUUGCUUUGCCAUAUGUUUACUAGAGGUUUCAUUUUAUCAAAGGUCGGCAAAUAUCUUCGCUCGUUCUUUCUUUUUUUUCCACAAAAUUCCAUGUGUAAUUACACGGCAUAUUAAAAUCAAGAGAGGAUCGCUGAAGUACAAAGUGAGACACAGCAAAAUGCUUCGGUGCAUUUAUACAUGUUUGUCAAAAAGACGUCAAAUUUUGUCAUUCUUUAGUGUGCAUGAUAUUAAGUGCCCGGUCCUCAGUACCUCGCUUCAAGGUAAAAUUUAUUUUGGAAUUCUGCAAGUGCAAUCGAGGCAAAGAGAGCUAAAUAAAUAUAAAAGAAAAGUAGCAUUGCUUUCAUUUUACAAUAAGAUGUAUAAAUUGAUAUUAAGCGCCCGGAUCAAAUGCCCCGCAAGUAGUUGUGUCGCACCAAAGCUGGAUACGCCGAGAAAGAAAAGUAGCGUUAGUCUACUUUUGUUCGGCAGUUUCCGUUUGGUACAGCACGAAGUCGAAUUAUCAGUCUUUCCUCUCCAGCCUUGGAUAUGUUGCAGCCCAGUGUUUGAACUGGGCCUCAACCUCUUUAAUGUAACUAUUAAACUGUUCUUCAUUUCUUAGCUGACUGUCCGAGUGGUUCAUUCGCAACACUGAACAGAAAGUGCGUUUUGUGUCCUCGCGGAACUUACCAACCCUCAAGAGCUCAGCUAUCUUGCAUACCGUGUGUUCAAAACUUGACUACCGCAACAACUGGAACGGCGAACAAUAAGCACUGCAUUGGUAAGAGUCAGGAGCCCAUCAAAUGGAGCCUCCAUCUCCAUUAAUUUCUUGAGUCAACCCUUUCCCGGGUAGAUUUCUAAAUAGAACGGCUAGUUUCCCGCGAAAAGUGUCAUAUUUCCGUGAGUCACGUAUGUCACCGUGAAAAAAUAAAAUUGGAUGAAGUCGAACUCAGAAGCCCGUCUUUCAACCGUUUUCCUUUAUUCCUUUACGUCCGUUUUUUCAAUUUUACAGCCGCUGGGAUCUGGGUAUCAUGAAAUAAAAGUUAAUGAAUUACCCGACUGAGACUGAGCAUGAAGCGAUGGGACAAAGGCAGCGAACUGAGGAUCACGGAAAAAUUAUCUUUGCGAGUGUUUUUUUUUUUUGCUGUCAUACAUCCCACAUUUAAGCAUGCACCUUGAAAAGAGACGACGAUUAAACGUUCUGUGGACGAUUUGAAACUUUUCGAUGAUCAGCGACGAAAAAGUGCCACGAUCAUAUGAUUUUUGUCAUCACCGAGGAGUGGAUUUCGCCAGUUAAGCACCGCGUGCAAAAGCGAUGACCUAAGUAGCAAGUAACGAGGAAUGCUUCAGUUCCGAAAUUUGAGAAAUUGCAGUCUUCCUUUACAACUGGCUUGUAUCACCAUGAGAGUUGCCUGAUAAAACUAGCGCUUGAAAAUUUGAACAGAAGACAACAGUUGCUCGACCGUGAAGUUAACUCAACCGUAAUUUGCUAACAGAGGAAUUUGUGACAUCGCGCUCCAGUCGAAAGACCCACUUAUCUCAAGAAAAACAAAAUGGAUUGUAUCUGCGCCAAAAGAAUUAUGACUGACUAACAGGACAAUUUUCAGCAGUUAAUGUAGAAGUUUAGGC